UCUUUUCCAAUCACUAUGAAUUCGCUUUGGUGUAGUCUACAGAAGCGUUUCUUAUCGAUGCGACCCCAUCGGGAGCAAGAACAACGCAAUGCCGAGGAUGUACUCUUCGAUAUGUUUUACAAUGAGGAGACUGGACUCAUCUCGAUGGGCAAAUUUCUGGCCGCACUCAAGACGACCGGCAUCAGGCGCAGCGACCCACGCAUACGCGAAUUGAUGGAGAACUUGAAGAAGGUGCACAAGCUGUCCAAUUAUGAAACCGGCUCGUCAGCUGAAACUCAGAACCUGAAUCGUGAAACCUUUAAAGCUGUCGUCGCGCAGAAUAUCGUCUUGAUUGCCAAGGCGUUCCGACAACAGUUCAUCAUACCGGAUUUCGUGAGCUUCGUCAAGGAUGUCGAGGAUAUCUAUUGGAAAUGCAAGACGAAUACCGAUGGUGCUGUUGCCAAUUACAUACCGCAAUUGGCGCGCUACAGCUCCGAUUCGUGGGGUGUGAGCAUCUGUACGAUCGAUGGUCAGCGUUUCUCUAUUGGCGAUGUGGAUAUACCGUUCACUUUGCAGAGUUGCAGCAAACCGUUGACGUACGCCAUUGCCUUGGAGAAGCUGGGACCGAAGGUGGUGCAUUCGUAUGUGGGCCAAGAGCCAAGUGGUCGCAAUUUCAAUGAAUUGGUGCUGGAUCAUAAUAACAAGCCGCACAACCCUAUGAUCAAUGCGGGCGCCAUACUGACCUGCUCAUUGCUGCAGGCUUUAAUUAAGCCAGAUAUGACAGCAGCUGAAAAGUUCGACUACACACUGCAGUGGUUCAAACGUUUGUCAGGUGGUGAAAAUAUUGGUUUCAAUAAUGCAGUGUUCCUGUCGGAACGAGAAGCUGCCGAUCGCAACUAUGCUUUGGGCUUUUAUAUGCGCGAGAAUAAAUGCUAUCCAAAGCGUACGAAUCUCAAGGAAGUGAUGGACUUUUAUUUCCAGUGCUGCUCGAUGGAGACGACCUGCGAGUCAAUGUCCGUGAUCGCCGCUACCCUCGCGAACGGUGGCAUUUGUCCUACCACCGAGGAGAAGGUACUACGUCCCGAAGUUGUACGAGAUGUGCUUUCCAUAAUGCAUUCGUGCGGCACUUAUGACUACUCCGGCCAAUUCGCCUUCAAAGUGGGUCUACCCGCUAAAUCUGGUGUCUCCGGCGGCAUGAUGUUAGUCAUACCGAAUGUCAUGGGCAUUUUUACAUGGUCACCGCCACUUGAUAAGCUUGGAAAUAGUGUGCGUGGUGUGCAAUUUUGUGAAGAGUUAGUUAGCGUCUUCAAUUUCCAUCGCUACGAUAACCUGAAGCAUGCGUCGGAUAAGAAGGAUCCACGUAAACAUCGUUACGAGACUAAAGGACUGUCAAUUGUCAAUCUGCUAUUCUCGGCGGCCAGCGGUGAUGUGACAGCAUUACGGCGUCAUCGCCUCUCCGGCAUGGAUAUCACGUUGGCCGACUAUGAUGGCAGAACGGCGCUACAUUUAGCCGCCUCCGAAGGUCAUUUGGACUGUGUGAAAUUUUUAUUGGAGCACUGUCAGGUGCCACAUAAUCCAAAGGAUCGUUGGGGUAAUUUGCCCAUUGAUGAAGCGGAGAAUUUCGGUCAUCAUGCUAUAGUUGAUUACUUGAAAGAAUGGGCAGAAAAGGCUGAAGAGGCAGGGGUGCACAUACCAGAGGCGAUUGUUAAGAAUACCGACGCAGAUGAGGAAAUUAUUACUUCUAAUGAUAGCAUAAGUUCUGACUAUGAUCGCAGCGCCACAGCUAGUCCUAUACCCUCGGAUGCGGGCAGCAGCAGCAGCAGCAGCGGUGUCGGUGACAGUACUAAACCCGGUCUCUAAAUUCGCUAUAUGCCGCACAGCAAGGCGCCUAACAUCAUUAAAUAUACACACAUUGAUACACAUGCACAUCCAUCCAUCACAUAAUCUCAAGACAAUGAUGACUUAAACGAUUCCUGGAGAAUCUCCUUCAUUUCACCAUAUACCAAAAAAAAACAGAGUUUCUGAACACGAAGCAGCUCUUCCCUGCAACGAGCAUAAGAAGAUAUAAUUAUGUAUUCCUAUGUAGCUUUUUCGGCUUAUUUUCAUUUAUUUACAUGAAUACUUAUUUAUAGUUUAGUGCUCUAGCAGUAGUUUUAGGUACCAGGCAUCUCAUACCUACGAAAUUUGUUGUUUUAAAUACUUAAGCAGUUGCUCUGGCAUACUACAUUGCACCACUAUUGAUAUUGACACUUGAGUAUUUACAUAAACACAAACAUACUUACCAUAUUUUAUGAUUUGCUUUAAUAGUUCAUUAUAAGCAUAUAGAUUGUGUUACUGAGUGAAAUACUGAGACAAAUUCGUGUGAUUUCACUCAUAUUAUUUUAGGCGCUUAAAA